CUCUAAAACGCAAUAAUAAAGUCAGAAAUUGAAGGGUCAUUCAGCCUGGAAUUGAAACUGAUCAUCAGGAAUCCCUUAAAAGUUGUGGUCCCCUCCCUAGGAGUUGUGGUCCCUUCCGCAGAAGUUGUGAUCGCUUCAGCCGAAGUUGUGGUCCCUUCAGCAGAAAUUGUGGUCCCUUCCGCAAAAGUUGCGGUCUCUUCGGCAGAAUUAUUUUGAAAACAAGAAGACGGUUCGAAAUUGAAGAAAGCUGAUCAUCCGAGGUCGAGAAAUCAUCAGCUGUGAAAAGAUUCACCUAAGAGACCUACCGCGAGUUAAAGGUCCACACCGGUGUAAGUUUUAUAUAUAGCGCUCGUGUGAGUUGGUCGAUUUAUAAAUACUCUCUAGCCGGAAAAGAGGUAAACACGCCGGUUUAAUGACACUCGAAAAGUGGAGACCCACGUGUUUGGGGCCUUGAUGUAGUUGGCCUGGUGUUAUCAGGAGAUUCGAGUGACAUCCGAGGCGAGAUAAUCCAGUGCGAGGCGUGCACAGGCCUUCCCAUCGAUCGGACGGACGCCGUGCGCCGCGACGCCUCGCCCCUUCACCCCGCAGCUUCUAGUUGUCGCGCCCCACCUGCCAGUGGGCUGUCAGACUAUUACGCCGUCGGAAACACGCCACGGAGUUCCGCACUCCGGUUCAUCUAACCACUUGUCUCAAAUUUGAAGCAUUUUGGUUGGGGAAUUGGGACAUUGGAAUCAAGGAUCAGUGACAUCCGAAAAUUAGGUUUAGAGAAGUGAAGUUGGAAGUUGAAGACACGAUGAGUUAAAGUCCCAUUCCCGACCCGGGAGGAUGUUUCUUCCGGAGGAUCCGCGGGGGUGAACCUGACCUACCAGGUCUUCCGAAUCUCUCUUCCGUAUUUCCGCAAAUCAGAUCUUCUUCCCACAGGAUGUUCUGCUUCCAGAGACCUUUCUCUCGCACUUCCCGAGCUGGAGUCCCCAGCUCGCUUCCAAACGAGGCCAAGGAAGAAAUCCAGGAUUCGAAACGCAGGGGUUCAGAGGCAAGAAGCGAAGGUUCCGGAUCAUCCUCGAUCAGGUACAUCGAUCAGGAACUCUCAAUCUCUGGAGGAAGUAGCACUGACACUCUUCCUGGGAUCAGGACUGAUUACCUGGAGAGUGAUCCUCUUUCCCCAGGUCCAGAUUCCCUCAACUCACCGAGUAUCAACGUGACUAGGGUCUCCAAUGGUCAUCAGGACGAGGGUCGUCACAACGAUCGGCAUCAACACGAUGAAAUCCAAAAUUCUGGAAAGGGCAGGUGGCGUAAGAAACUUCUCCUGAGAAUCAAGUCUUCGGAUUCCUCAAACUCAAGUAAUGGGGAAGGCCGGAGUUCAUCCCCCUCGCCUGCCAGUGACUCGACACCCUCUUCCGGGUCCAGGAACCCGGAAGACAGGACCUGUGGAGGAUUGUCGAGGGAAUUUCUGGAUGUUCCAUCUCCAGGAAUUUUUGCUGUGAAUGGCAUUCCGCUCCUGAAUGGGUUCAGUGAUCAGGAGGAGGAGGAAGAGGAGGAGGAUGAUGAUGAGAUUUGUAAUCAAGAGACAGAGACUGAAGAUGGGUCCUCUUUACCUUCUAGUCCGGCUGCUGCUUCGACGGUGGCACUCACCUCCUCUGCUAUACCUUAUUAUGGGUUUUUGUCAGUCAAUGGGGGAGCCAUGAGGCAGGAAUCGACGAGUACGAGUUCUCCACAACUUUCGACUGGAGUGAGAUCCAGUGGCGAGGAGAUUAAGGAACCAGAUACCGGAAGUUUGAGGGAGGAAGGAGACACUGGGAAAUCGCUACUGAAGCCAGAAAAUUUGGAGGCUGCAGCUUGUCUUCCAGUGGCAAGGUCUUGUCCAAAUUUGGAAAGGCAGAGUGCUGGAUGUUCGAGCACCAGUGGAUCCUCGAGCCCAAGUCCCAGUCCAGGGCCGGCUGGGCCAAGGUUCAAACCCCUGGAGGAGGGGGAUAUUCAAGUCUGUUAUCUGAAUCAUACGAGGACUCUUUUCAGCAAAAUUCUGUCCAGCAAGUUCCUCAGGAGAUGGGAAACUCAUCAUCUUUAUCUUAAUGAUGCCUGCCUAUCAUCGAAGACGCUCACGGGAUUUUUACAACAACCAGUGGCGUAUAGCAGUAUGACUGAAGUAUAUGCUGUGGCUAGGUGGGACCCAACUUACAAAUAUUGUUUAAGAAUUGUCCUACCGGAUGGGUCCCUUCUUCUUCAGGCUAGCAAUGCUUAUACAAGGGACCAGUGGUACCACUCAAUACUCUGGAAGAAAAGCAUCUUUAAAUAUCAGCACAUGGUCUCAGUAAGCACCAGAGAAGAAAUUAUUUUACGAGAAUUAAAAACCAUGGUAGAUUUUGCACUUUGGACGCCCCUUCAGGAUGAAAGAGUUCCAGGGGCUCCACUCGAAGCAGUUGCAAAACUUUUAGAAGAUCGUUUUAUCAUCGAAGCUGAAACAAAAAAUGGAAAAAUGGGGGACUCCGAGGAAGGAAAAGGAAGAAGUGAUAAUAGAAGUUGGGCAGAGGCAGUUUUGGCGGUGGCAGCACCCCUUUUGGAAAAAGCGGCACCCCCAACAAGUUUGACUCGAGUUUUAUCAAAAUUGGCCCAGAGACAUCCAAGAUCUCCUUUGGUCCAUGCCCUGAGUCCAGCAAUCACCAGGUGUCUGAAACACACGGUCGAUUUUGGAAAAUCACCAGAUAUGAGAAAAUUGCUCCAGGUCUUUGUAGCUGCCAUUUACGAAAAUAAUGAUGGCGAACAAGCGAUUCGAGAAUAUAUUGCAUCAGUUCAUGGACCUGGAAGUGACUGUCCUCAUCCCAGGGUCCUUCCCAAUUUGGUCUCCAUCUGUGUUGCUGCCAUUUUUCACAGAUUCGAAGUCGUUAAUCAUCUUUCUGUCAAUGAAGAUAAAACUGAAGACUUGCCACCAUUACGAUGCUAUCUUCUUGUUCUAAAUGUAGCGUCUGAAUAUGCAGAUUGGAGACCAGGACUAGGAGGUCUUUUACAACCUGUACCUUUUCCAGAGGAAGCUCUUGCAGACAAAGAAGUUCAAGAAUCAGUUUUAAUGUGCGUGAUGCAACGUUUGGCCAAAGACCCCAGAUGUAAUGUCCAUCGAGUUUUACUUCCUGUCAGAGAACCUCGACCCGGCUGGAUUCAUAUCGCUGCACCUUCCAGUCCAGCCUGUCCUGAUCAAGGAGAACUUUUUGGGGAAAUGUUGACAACUCUUUUGGGUUGUUGCUGCCGAAGGAAGCGUUUCAUCGGAUCGUUGAUGAAGCAGACUGGAGGAGCUUGUAUAUUGUUAGGAGUUAGAGGAUGUGACGCUGCUCAAGAGGCAUUAUGCCUCAUGUUGGAAUGGCGCCUUCUUCCAAAUGAAGAGGCCAGACUCCAGGUCGUUUCUGCUCUUCAGUCGACGACUUCUGGAAGAAAUCGUUACGCUGCUCUUUGUCAACGUCAGAGGAAUCUUCAAGAAUUACAACAGAAGGGCGGACCAAAGAAGCUGACGCUGCCAGUUCGCGCUACUGACGCAGAUGUUGCUUUGCUGCUUGGCGGAGGAGCCUUAGGAAAUUUGGAGUGCUUAAGUCUAGCUUUUACGUCCGUCACGUCUGCGUGUGCUGAGCAACUUAUCAAGCUUCCGGCUCUUAGGUACUUAAAUCUCUGGGCUACACAGUUUGGCGACGCCGGCCUACAAAUGAUCAGCGAGCAUCUUCAAAAGCUGCAAGUCCUCAAUCUCUGCGAGACACCCGUUUCGGACAAGGGAAUCUCCACUCUGGCAUCUCUCACAAACCUGAGAAAAUUGAAUCUAAAUAGCACAAAGUUGUCGGCUCAGACGUUCGAGUCCUUGAAGAAGAGGCUCCCAGCCUUACAGGAAUUCGACGUUCGUUAUACAGAGGCCUGGUGACCCGAGCUUUCCACCGAUUCUCCUUCGACGAGAAUCGAAUCCAUUCAUCGUAGAAUGGAGUUUCCGGGUUCUUCAAUCGGAAAUCCAAACAGAAAAGCCAGUGCGAGGGCAAAGAGACAACGUUAAGGCGGUUGGAUACAUAAUCUCAAAAUUCCAUCUAUCUAUGUCACUUCCAUCCCGAAAAAUUUUCUACCGACCACAAAAACCCGGAGACUUGACAAAAAAAGUAUUUUAAAAUACUUGAUGUGAUGAGUUCCAAAGAGAGCAAAUUUUCCGUUUAAAAUUUCGCGCCAAACCCCCGUAAAUCUUUGGCGCGAAAAUCAAAUCUACGAUUCACUUUUACGCAGGUUUUUCGGGUUUUUGACAUUAUUUUUGGUAGAAAUUUUUACUAGUUGGGAUUUUCACUCUUUAUCACUUCUUUACAGUCUCUUCACUAAUCUUGAAUCAUCUAGAUAGAAAGAAACGUUUCCGAAAUAAAAAUUCCGAUUAUGAUGAAUAUAUUUCGCCAAGAGAAUGUUUCGACGGAUGCCAACUGCCUUAAAGAAGAAAUCUGCGCUACCACUGCCACUAACAAAAGCAAGAAAUAAAAUUGAAAAAAAACGAGUUUAAAUACUCCAGAGACGUUAGUACAAGCAUCCCAAAAAUUCUCGAGCGACUUUAGUGUACAUAGAUAAGUAGAAAUUAAGAAGUUAUGACGUUAAUAAUUUAUUGUAGGUAGAUCGUAUUUAUAUCAAACACUUUACACACAAACACGAGACACAUUCGAUUUCAUGUAACGCAAUUAGGAUGUAAUAACUAUACCUGCUAGGGCGAAUUCAAAAACGAGAAUUUUCAAAAUCAAAAUUUUUAUUUUAAAAAUUAUCGAUUUUUGACACGCCCUAUUAUCUAUCACAUUCUCCAGCAAACACGAUUUUAAUGGUUACAUAACGUUAUAUACAUAAAUGUUAUAUAAUGUUGUAUGACUUUGCUUGCUGGGGCCACUUCCGGUCCCGUCAAAAACCUUAACGCUCUAUAAAAAAAUUCUUUGUAUCAAGUUUUCUUUUUAGGGAUCCAAACAUUUUUUUCUCUUAAAAAAUGAUUUGUAAAUUUAAGGUAAGUUUAAUUUUAAAGCUUUUCUCUUGCUUGGAAAUUUAAAAUUCUUUCUUUAUUUAUUUUUAUAUUCAAAUUGAGGAUAAAAUUGAAUCCUUCUUGAUAAAUAAGAGCGUUAGGGAUUACAAUAAUCAAACGUGCACCCCAGUUUAAAGAUAUCUCCGGUAAAAUGCAUUUCUAGAUUUUUGAAUUUUUAUUCAUCUUCAAAGUGAAUUUUCCUCUAUUCUAAAAAUUGUUAUUCAUCCCGAAAUUUAAGAAAAAGUGAAAUUUUUUUUGAAAACGGUAUUUAUUUAAACGUUUCUUAGAAAUAAAAUAAUUUUAUCUAAAUCAGAAGAUAUUAUUCUUAAAGGUAUUUAUUUUUUAAACUAAUUUUAAGUAAAUAUUUGCUUUAUUUAUUUUAUUUAUUUAGCCAUUGUUUUGAAAUAAAAUUUCACUUUUAUGAGUUUUGGGAGAACGUGGAAUUGUUUAUAAGGAUUUGAAUAGGGGGGAAAUCUUUUGCAAAAAAAGAUGAUCGAGAAUUAUGACGUAGUUAUAAACUACGAUAAUUCAAGAUACACCUAUUGAUAGGAUGACUGAUUCCGUAUUUUGUUUCACUUUAAUAAAAGCUGCAAGGGAGCAAGCAUUGUAAGAAGACUGUUUACGUCAAUUUCAAUAAAGAUUAUUAAUUUAGCGAGUUAUGAUAAUUCAUUAAAUAAAAAUUCAUGGCAAAAUAAAUUCGAAUUUAAUACCAUAAAUUUAUGUGUUUCAUUACUUUCCGAUU